AUGGAUAUGAUUAGACAGCUUCCUACCGAGAUACGUAUGCUCAUCUACGACUGGUCAAACCUGCUGACAAAAUAUCUCCACCACGAGCUUCCACUGCCUAUUUCUAGACCUAUUGCAACUCAAAUCCUCAUUGAAUGCUUCCAAUCCAACAGUAUCGAUAUUCUUUCAAAUCAGCUAUUCAAUUUGGAAAUGUCGUUUGAAACCAUGUUUGUAACAUCAAAAGAAAUGUGGGAUGCAGCAAACCAACUUUCUCGAGUUCCUGGAUACGAACUCAUUGCAAACACUAGCCAAUGCUUAAAUGACGUUGACUGGACGAUAGAUACUCAUUCGGUUCGAGGAAUCAUAGCUAAACUUUGUAUGCCUACUAUUGAUCCAGUGACGUUACGCUUGCUCAAUGAAGCUUUGGACUUGUUUAUGGCGAAUUCAACUCAAGAUUCAGGAGUGUCUACCAAAGUGCUGGAAUGCGCUACUGGAUUAGGGCGAGUCGAUCUGGUAAAGAAAAUGCUUUCCCACCAAGUCAAACCAUCGUGGCAUGCGUUUUUGUUUGCAGGUCUUCAUGGUCAUAUGGAGAUUCUGCAGAUGCUGUGUGAUUAUGGAACAGGCCACUGCUUGACUGCAUAUGGUGCAGUUGCUGGAGGACAUGUCGAGAUUGUAAAACAUAUCAACGAUCUUGGAUCCGAGCAUAUUAUAUCGGAAAGUGCUAUUCAGUUUGCGCUUGGAUGCGGUAAAACCGCAGCUGUUUGGUGGCUGUUGAAAGACCAAACAUACUGGACACACACUGCAUUUGAUGACAUCAAGAAUAUCAGUGCGUCAAUGGGAGAUUUGGAUCUUUUACAGUAUGCAGUUGAACACGACAUUGGCGGUCCAUUGACUUUUGAUGGAGUGGAUGGCGCGGCUAAACAUGGAUUUUUGCGUUGUAUUCAGUGGAUUUAUGCCAAUUCGAAUGCUACCGGAUCUCAACAAGCACUAGAGUUUUCAGCCGAGCAUGGCCAUUUAGAAAUAUUCAUUUGGCUCUGCGAAAACACCGCGUUGAAACCGCAUGAAGAGGACAUGCUCAUGGCAGCAAGACAUGGCCACAGAUGGCUGAUAGAAUAUUACACAAAAUCAAUUGCCAUUGCACCAGUAAAUGCCUUAUUGGAAGCUGCUUUGGAAAGUGGUCAAGUGGAAAUUGCAGAUGUGUUAUUCGAGUCUGGAUGUGCUACUCCAUGUCUGCCGAUGAUCGAGCGGAUUACGACUAGUGGAAAUAUAGCUGGCAUGACGUGGUUGCAUGAUCACCUCGACAUUACACAAAAGUGUAGUGCUGACAAGCUACAGAUUGUAUCCUUUUAG